UAAUCAAUGUUUUAUUUUCUCUACUUGCAGGAAGAUACCAGGGAGUCAACUGCUUGGACGAGGAAUUGCAGAACCUGAACAUUAAUGAAGCUCAGUAAAACUGUAAUCCCCAAAAACUGUACCCCGCACUUUUUAAAAAGUCCAUUCUCGCUGAAUAAACUCUUUCCUGUGCAGUUGGUGUUCUGCUUUCAUUACGGUGUGCCUGCUGGUUGCCUGUUACAAAUUGGUGUCGGAGGUGGUCCUUCUGCUAUUAACAUGGAAAAUUCAUUCGAUUACGGUCUUCACAAGCUAUUUCCAGAAGAAAGUGGUAUCACCACGCCGAUGGUGCCCAAGCUACCUCGUCCUCCAAUGUUGCAAUUGUCAUCUGACUACCCCAGAUGGAAAAAACGCGUUCAAGCAUUCCUCAGUAUUUCUCCACCAGCGCACCACUUCCUUCAUAUCCUCAAUGCCCUAUCAGAAGAUGCAUUCGCACGCGCCGAUGCUGCCGGAUUCAGCAGCACAAAGUCCAUGGACGAAAAUUGGAAAAUUUUGGAUAAUUGUUUUGAUCUUCAAUUGGGCUACGAACACGCCCUUCUAAAGUUCUUCAAUCGCAGACAACUGCCUGAUGAAAGCCCCCUCGAUUACUUCCAUGCCUUACAACUAAUGGUGGCGAGUGUGGACAAUAACGCAGAUCCAGAAUACAGAGACCGCAUGCUGCGGACACGUUUUCUCGACGGGGUCUUGCCUGGUGACCUGCGCACAGACCUGCUACGCCACCCCCCUACGAACACAAUGGAAUUACAACGAACCAUCUUGCGCUUUAUGGACAUUCAGCGAGAUAUUACAGUACCAACCAGCAGCUUCCUCUACCCAGUCCCAACAGCAUCAUCUUCGGCUGCACUUACGACCGUACCAGCACCACGCCAACGCCGGUUCAAUGCCCCACCGCCAAAUCAACCUUCAACGCCAACCACAGUCACUCCCAAGCAGCAUGAGGACCCCAGUAAGUGUUAUUACUGUCACCGGUUUGGACGGCGAGCAUGGAAAUGUGGGCACAAUAGAAAACCACAAGGUGAGCGUUCCUCUAAUGUGUCCUUAUCUGGUAAAUAUUCGAAAUCCCCCUUUUCCUUGAGGGCAAGCUCCAGGGCACAGACGUAACUUUUCUGAUUGACACUGGGGCAUCGUCCUCUGUUGUGCGCACGGCAUUGGUUCAGAGACUCGGGGUCAAACCUAAACCUCUCCCCAAUC